CGAUAUUCAAUGAACAGUAAUCCAGCCCAAGUCCAACUUCCUCCCAGUCACACCUCCCACGCGGCACAAACAUGGUCACCUUCAGAGUCUUUGAAGGCAAGCUUGCCAUUGUCACUGGCGCAUCUCGCAGCUUCGGUGCCGUCUGUGCCGAGCAUUUCGCCAGCAGAGGCGCCAACGUGGUCAUCGUCUAUGCCACUGAAGGCUCAAACGAGCGAGCGCAGGCACUAGCCAAUGGGUUCGAGGACAAGUACCAGAUCAAGGCGCUGCCGGUCCAGGUCGACCUCAGCGCGGCCGACGGGCCCCAGAAAGUGGUCGACGCCGCCAGGGCGCACUUCACCGACGCAAAGACGGGCAGGUUCCAGAUCGACAUCAUUGUUAACAACGCCGCCGUCGUCAACGCCCAGGGCCUGGCCGAGCUCGACGUUGACCUCUUCCAGGCGACGUUUGACCUCAACUGCCGCGCGCCCGCGCUGCUGAUCAAGGCGGCGAUCCCGUACCUGCCUACCGACCGCUCUGGCCGCAUCGUCAACAUCUCGAGCGCGACGACCACGUGGGGUGUCUGGUGGCAGACGUCCUACGCGGGGACAAAGGGCGCCCUCGAGGCCAUGACCCGCGUCUGGGCUCGCGAGCUCGCCGAGCGCGCUACAGUGAACAGUGUCGCGCCUGGCCCGAUGGACACAGGUCUCUACUCGGGUUUACCCGACGAGCCUCGCGAGGCGCUCAAGCCGUUCAACAUCCUCACUCCGCUGGGCAAGGCCCGACCUGGUGUCGACAGCCAGGAGGUCCUCGAUCUUGCUGCGAGCAUCGGCUGCCGCCCGGGCUACUUGGAAGAGGUCGCCGGCAUUGUAGGUAUCGCCUGCUUGCCAGAGAGCGGAUGGAUGACCGGUGGUGUAUUGGGCGCGAACGGCGGCGGUGCUUUUGUCCGAUAA